GAUCCCCCUUGUAGGAGUGAGGUGGAGGACGACAUUCCAGGAGAUGUCACCACAGAAAAUCCCAUUAAGAAUGCUGAGGAAAACAUGUUAUCGAUAAAUUAUAAAGUAGAAGACGAAGAUAUGCAACUCUCUUCAGGAGAAAACCACAAUACAUUUAAUUUACAUCCAGGACUUCACUGUACAGCUCUAUCCUAUAAUCCCCAUAAUCAUGAGGAACCUUCUCCUGACCAAUCACACAUUGUUACCACAAGUAUAGGUCAGAAAGGGGUUCAGUCUGGUAAAGAGUUCAUAGAAAGACCUGUACUUUUUGUGCACAGAAAAGAAAAGAAGCCAUACUCAUGCUCAGAAUGUGGGAAGUGCUUUACAGUAAAAUCAAGUCUUGUUACACAUCAGAGAAUCCACACAGGAGAGAAGCCGUAUUCAUGCUCAGAAUGUGUGAAAUGUUUUACACAAAAAUCAGGUCUUAUUAAACAUGAAAGAAGUCAUGGAAAAGAGAAGAAGUAUUCAGGUCCAGAACAUGACAAAUGUUUUGCAAAAAAAUCUGAUCGUGUUACAUGUAAAAAUAGUCCCACAGGAGAGAAGCCAUAUCCAUGUUCAGAUUGUGGUAAAUGCUUUUCAGAUACAUCAAGACUUGUUAAACAUAAGAGAAUUCACACAGGAGAGAAGCCAUAUUCAUGUUCAGAAUGUGGGAAGUGCUUUUUGUGGAAAUCAAAUCUUACAACACAUGAGAAAACUCACACAGCAGAGAAACCAUAUUCAUGCUCAGAAUGUGGGAAAUGUUUCAAACACAAAUCAAUUCUUGAUAAACAUAAGAGACGUCAUGCAGGAGAGAAGCCAUAUUCAUGUUCAGAAUGUGGAAAAUGUUUCAUAGAUCGGUCAAGUAUGGUUAGACAUAUGAAAACUCAUACAGGAGAAAAGCCACAUUCAUGUACAGAAUGUGGGAAGCACUUUUCAAAUAGAUCAAGUCUUUUUGCACAUAAGAAAACUCACACAGGAGAGAAGCCAUAUUCAUGUUCACAAUGUGAGAAGAGUUUUGUACAGAAAAUACAUCUUAUUACACAUGAGAGAACUCACACAGGAGAGAAGCCAUAUUCAUGUUCAGAAUGUGGAAAAAGUUUCAUAGAUCGGUCAAGUAUGGUUAGACAUAUGAAAAUUCAUACAGGAGAAAAGCCACAUUCAUGUACAGAAUGUGGGAAGCGCUUUUCAGAGAAAUCAAGUCUUUUUACUCAUCAGAGAAAUCACACAGGAGAGAAGUCAUAUUCAUGUUCAGAAUGUGGAAAGCACUUUUCAAAUAGAUCAAGUUUUUUUGCACAUAAGAGAACUCACAGAGGAGAGAAGCCAUAUUCAUGUUCAUAAUGGGGAAAGAGCUUUUCAGAUAAAUCAAGUUUUUUUUUACACAUAAGAGAACUCACAUAGGAGAGAAACCAUAUUCAUGUUCAGAAUGUGGGAACUUUUUUUUAAAGAAAUUGACUCUUGUUAAGCAUGAGGCAUUGUGCAAGAGAGAAGCCAUACGUUAACGUGGAACAUGAUCUACAUGGAAAUCAAAUCUUACACAUCAGAGAAUUCACACAGGAGAGAAACCAUAUUCAUGAUCAGAAAGCAGAAGGCACUUUAAAAAUAAAUCGGAUCUUUUAACACAGGGAUCAGCAACCUCCAGCUGGUGUGAAACUACAACUCUCAGCAUGCUCCAUCUACUUCUGUGGAAGUUCCAAGGACAAUUGCGCAAGUGUGGGGGCCGUGAGUAGUAGUUUCACAACACCUAGCGUGUCACAGGUUGUGGAGCCCUGUUCUAACCCAUCAGAGAUGUCACAUGGAAGAGAAAACCUUUCCACUUAUCAGGUUGUUCAUCGAUCUUGAAUAGUUGGUGGAGCUAGCCUGACUGUCCCAGACGACUGAAUUUAAAUUUUCUGAGGUAAGCUAUGACCGAAAUCCUUAGAGGAAAAGUAUAAAUAUAAGGAUGAGGAGAAGGGCUUUGUUUAUUUCCAGAGCAGUGAAGAUGAAUUGACUCCAUGAACCUUGCUUCUUCCCACUGUACUCAUACCUUCACCUACACAGCGGGAGAAUCCAGAGUGAUAUGGGGAACAGUAACGAUUCUCCAAGUAAUUGUUUCAUAACGUAUGUGGACAUACAAACCGGAUUCCAAAAAAGU